CCGCUCCUCCCCGGAAAGGCCCCUCUCGCAGCCGGCGGCGCGGCCAGCCCGAGUCCCGCAAAGAUGGUGCGGAAACUGAAGUACCACGAGCAGAAGCUGCUGCGGCGGCUGGACCUGGUGAACUGGGAGGCGUCGGGCGGUAACCUGGCGGAGGUGCGGGCGCUGCGGCGGUACCGGCUGGGCCGGCGGGAGGACUACGUGCAGUACAAGGCGCUGGCCCGCUCCGUGCGCGCCCUGGCCCGGCGGCUCCGCGACCUGGGCCCGGCCAGCGCCGCGUUCCGCGCCCGCUGCGCCGCCGCGCUGCUGGAGAAGCUGCACGGGCUGGGGCUGGUGAGCAGCCGGCACUCGCUGGCCGUCUGCGAGAGCCUCUCGGCCGCCGCCUUCUGCCGCCGGCGCCUGCCCUGCCUGCUGGUGAAGCUGCGGAUGGCGCAGAACCUGCGCCACGCCGUCACCUUCGUGGAGCAGGGGCACGUCCGCGUGGGGCCCGAGGUGGUCACAGACCCCGCGCUGCUCGUCCCCCGCGCCGUCGAGGAUUUCAUCACCUGGGUGGACGCCUCGCGCCUGCGGCAGAAGGUGCUCGACUACAACCAGGAGCGCGACGACUUCGACCUGGCUGCCUAGGGCUGCUCCCGCUGUUUGUGUAUGGGACACACACAGACACCAGUGAUGCCACCGCUGGAUAUUCACCCACCCCUUCCAGAUACACCUGGAAAGGAAGCCAGAAGGAAACGGCGCUUCCAUUGUGGUAUUGCCACCCUCCUGGCUCCCCUUCACAGCUAAUGGCUCCACUCAUCCAUGCGGAAAAUAUUCCCUUCCACAUCCACCGCUUCAAGAAUGAGUCCAGUGGCCCAGCUCCGUUGUUGUCCCUGGUGUGUUCAGUGCCAGCAUCCCUGGCGUGCGUGGCUCCAUCGUCACCCAGUGGCCCAGCUUCAUCAUCAUCCCUGGUGUGCCCAGCUCCAUCAUCAUCCCUGGAAUGCCCAGCUCUGUGGUCAUCACAGCAGCCCAGCUUCAUCAUCCCAGCGUGCCCAUCUCCAUCCUUACACCCCAGCUCCAUCGUGCCCAUCUCCAUCCUUACAGCCCAGCUCCAUCAUCCUUACAUCCAAUAAAGCAAAAGUGCUUACUUUACCAAAAAAGUCUCUGCCCAAUUGCAGGAGAGGAUGUGGUCAGAUUUAAGUGCUUGGCAGCAAAUACCAGCUGCUGGAAGGGGUUUUAAGCCUGGCCAAGUGGCUGAUUUAAGACUGUGUCUGGCAGCUCAGCUGCUGUUUUUUGAGAGGUUGCCCUGCUGGUUCCUCCUUCAGCUCUUGGAUGCACAGGAUUCAGAGUUGCUGCUUGUGGAAGGGUUUCCCCUUGAUACCAAGCAACAUGUAUAUAGGGGAAAUGUGGGGAUUGUUGGGGGUCAGCAGUAAACAAGGAGGCCAAAUACUGCGGUUCUGGAACUGUUAAAGCUUUAGCCAAAAAUGGAAUAAUGAAAAAAAAAAAGCCAACUUUAUUUUCAUGUGAAGAUGUAAAGGGAAGUUUGAUGUGCUGAGUUGUGUCUUUGCUGUGUGGGUCUCCAGCUGACACUUAGGGAUCAUUUACAGAGCAAGAUCUAACUGGGGAGGCGUUGGAGCAAAAGCUGACCUAACCAUAACUGCAAAUCUGGGGGGAACUGCUGCAUUUAGCACAUUAGCCAGACAAAAACUGGUACUCAACGGGAACCUUAGGCUUUCUGAGACUGUUGGGAACUUUGUUUCUCUUUCAUUAAAAAACAGAAAAAAAUAAAGCUGUUUUUUUGUAAGUUGGUGGAGAAAUGUGUGGACUAUUUUAUAAUAUAGUUUCUCUGAGAGUUUGUUCUGAUUUUUAAUUAUUCUAGCAAGCCACAUUUGUCACUCUGUAGAACUUGUUGUUUAAAUUUGAGGUCUUUUAUGUAACUUACAUAACCUUUUCUUUUUUUGACAGCUACAAGGCUAUUACUGAAUUCUAAAGUGUUUUUUGUUAGUAGUGCUUUCUUUCCGUUACCCAGGACUAUGAAAGGAUUUGGCAUUAGGUUUAGGAGCAGAGUUGUGACUGCCCAUCCCAAAUCCAAAGGGCUGGAGUUCAGCUGCCACUGAAGCUCUGGGUCUGUAUGCUUUAAUGUGACAGAAAGAUGUGCAGGUGAGGGGUGUUUUAGAGGUUUCAGAGACUGUCAUAUUAUGGCUGCUUUUUAAAAGGCAAAUUAAAUGUUAAAAUUUCUACCCGUCUCAUAAGCCAGCUGUAUUAAGCAGAACAUUAAUUUAUAAAGCAAUAAUAGAUAUUAAGGAAAGGACACCAAAUGUACCUUGCUCAUGGUAAGAAAUACAAAUUGAAAACACAUAUUGCACCUGAAGC